AUGUCCAACAGCAGCUCCAUCAGCCACUUCCUCCUGCUGGCAUUGGCAGACACGCGGCAGCUGCAGCUCCUGCACUUCUGCCUCUUCCUGGGCAUCUCCCUGGCUGCCCUCCUGGGCAACGGCCUCAUCAUCAGCGCCGUAGCCUGCAGCCACCACCUGCACAGCCCCAUGUUCUUCUUCCUGCUCAACCUGGCCCUCACUGACCUGGGCUCCAUCUGCACCACUGUGCCCAAAGCCAUGCACAAUUCCCUCUGGGACACCAGAGACAUCUCCUACACAGGAUGUGCUGCACAGCUCUUUUUCUUUCUCUUCUUCAUCUCAGCAGAGCUUUCCCUGCUGACUAUCAUGUGCUACGACCGCUACGUGUCCAUCUGCAAACCCCUGCACUACGAGACCCUCCUGGGCAGCAGAGCUUGUGCCCACAUGGCAGCAGCUGCCUGGGCCAGUGGCUUUCUCUAUUCACUGCUGCACACAGCCAAUACGUUUUCCCUGCCCCUGUGCCAUGGCAAUGCCCUGGGGCAGUUCUUCUGUGAAAUCCCACAGAUCCUUAAGCUCUCCUGCUCCAAAUCCAGUCUCAGGGAACUUGGGCUCAUUGCAGUCAGUGUCUCUUUGGUACUUAGUUGUUUUGUGUUCAUUGUUUUCUCCUAUGUGCAGAUCUUCAGGGCUGUGCUGAGGAUCCCCUCUGAGCAGGGACGGCACAAAGCCUUUUCCACCUGCCUCCCUCACCUGGCUGUGCUAUCCCUGUUUAUCAGCACUGGCACAUUUGCCUACCUGAAGCCCCCCUCCAUCUCCUCCCCAUUCCUGGAUCUGGCAGUGUCAGUUCUGUACUCGGUGGUGCCUCCAGCCCUGAACCCCCUCAUCUACAGCCUGAGGAACCAGGAGCUCAAGGCUGCAGUGUGGAGAAUGAUGACUGGAUGGUUUCAGAAACUGCUGGCCAAUUUCUGCAAAUCACUUGUAAUAAAGUUAUUUUUAAUCACUUGUAAAUGA